UAGUCCUCGAUUUCUAAGCCUUUGCUUCUAAUCUUCUCAACGGAUCCGUUCCUUGCGCCGAAAGCGUGGAUCUGUUGGAUCUCUGCUAGUCGUAGAAUAGAUUGAUCGACGAAUCCAAGAUCCCUUCGAAAGAAAGUAGAAAUUUUAGGGUUUUUUGGGGAUCCAUUUAUUUUCUGCCUACAAAGGCACCGGUUUGAUCGUUAGGCACUUCUCUCAGCGUUGAUGGAGGAGUUUUCGAUCUGAGAUUUGGGCAUUCCUUGAUGCCUCUCUAUCAUCGACUUCUGUUCAGCUAAUUAUCUAGUUCUUGAGCUAAAAUUUUGUCAGGGUAAUGGAAAGCUCGUUUACCCUUUGGGAUUUACGCUAUUUUAUCUGUCACCAAGCCUAUUUAUUCUAUCCUGAAGAACAGAGUAUAUUUCAGCUAGAAGUUCAACAAACAUGAGUCGACCACAUGAUGGACAGCGGACCUUCUUUCCAUUUGGAAAUCCUUUUCGUAUUAUCCUCCCCAAGGGAUCUUAUUUGUCGCUGAAGCUUCGUGAAUUACAGUUUUCUUUUGAGAAAAACUUGGCAGAUAAAUUGAAAAAGCUCAAGCCUAAGGAUAAUGCAGAUGUCCUUACUCUAUCCUGGAUGAGGCUUGCUAUUGAGUUCUUAUCAGAAGCUUAUAAUAGCAUAAAAACUUUAAUUAAUGAGCUUCAGUUACCUGUUUCUGACUGGGAUGAGAAGUGGAUUGACAUAUACUUGGACAGCAGUGUGAAGUUGCUUGAUAUUUGCAUUGCGUUAAGCUCUGAGCUAUCCCGAUUAAAUCAAGGUCAAAUUCUGCUUCAGUAUGUGGUACGUCUUAUGGACGUCUCCACCAGUCAUCCUUCAUCUGAACAACUCAAAAAAUCUCAUUUGCAUCUUCAUGAAUGGAUCGAACGUAUCAACUCCAAGAGUUUCAAACUGGAAAGCUGUCCUGUUAUUGAAAGUCUUCGAGGAACUCUUGGUUUACCGAAGGUCAAAAGCUCCAAAGGAAAGGUACUGAUGAGAGCCUUAUAUGGAGUUAAGGUCAUGACUGUAUUCAUUUGUGGUGUCUUUUCAGUGAUGCUGUCUGGUUGCUCAAAACCACUGAUCGACUUGCACAUUUCUUCUGAGGACUUCUUUUGGUUUGAGGCCUUCAGUGACUUGCAAGCUGCUGCAAACGAGGAAAUUAGGAGACGGUUUGACAGUGGGAAGGUGGUGAUAUUCAAAGAGAUAGCGGCAGUUGAAGCAUGUGCUUCAGGGUUAUGCAAUUUGACUAUCAGCGGCUGUUGUCAGAAAGAACCUGUGCAAGAUGGCAUUGGCAUUAAUCAUGAAGAGGAAAUGAUUGCACCAAGGAAGAGCACCGACUUAGAAAGGCAAAUGUUGCAGGAGUAUGCUAUCAAUUUGGUCAACGGGGCCAACAGCCUUGGCCAUGAGCUAGAUUCUGUUUCAAAACAAGUCAAUGACUUUUUCGAAAUUGUUUUAAUGGGUCGUGAUGCUUUGCUUUGUAAUCUUAGAAUGUCUGCGGUAACACAACAGUAGUAUCAGUGACAUUAGAUCAUGGUGUCAUCAGGUUGUUCCAUGAAUUGUUGGUGUCUUGUUGGAUAUGGGCCAGGAAAGUUCCUAAAUGUUGAUAAUGAGCUAGAGAGAGCCUGCAACAUAAGCUUGUUGUACCUUAAUCAUGCUACAUUAGUUGUAUGGUAUAUGUGUCUGCCUUUCAUACUAUUUGAUAGCGCCAAUGAGUCCAGCAGCAAUGAAAAAUGGUGCUUGUUCAGUUGCUA